GCGGCGCGGCCAUAGCGGAUGCGGGGCGGCGGUGAUGGAAGGGGAGAGCACAUCGGCGCUGCUUUCGGGCUUCGUGUUCGGCGCACUCGCCUUCCAGCACCUCAACGCCGGCUCGGACACGGAAGGUUUCCUUCUUGGGGAUGUGAAAGGUGAAGCUAAGAACAGCAUUACUGACUCUCAGAUGGAUGAUGUUGAAGUUGUUUAUACAAUUGAUAUACAAAAGCAUAUUCCAUGCUAUCAGCUUUUCAGCUUUUACAGCUCUGCAGGUGAUCUGAAUGAGGCUGCACUAAAGAAAAUAUUAUCAGGCUGCGAAAAGAAUGUGAUCGGCUGGUACAAAUUCAGACGUAAUACAGACCAGACAAUGACAUUCCGAGAGAGAAUUCUUCACAGGAAUUUACAGUCAAAGUUGUCAAAUCAGGGUCUUGUGUUUCUUUUACUAACUUCCAGUGUCACUACAGAAAGCUGUUCCACUUACAGAUUAGAACAUGCUUUGCAUAGACCGCAAGAGGGUUUGUUUCAGAAAGUUCCUCUAGUGGUAACCAACUUAGGUAUGGCAGAACAGCAAGGUUACAGAACAGUGGCAGGUUCCUGUAUUUCUGCUGGGUUUGGCAGAGCAGUAAGAAAACACAGGUCAGAUUUUUUUUAUGAAGAUGGGUCCCUAAAAGAGGUUCAGAAGAUUAACGAAAUGUAUGCUACUCUUCAGGAAGAAUUGAAGAAAACAUGCACUAAAGUAGAAGUUAGUGAACGAACAGUAGAGAAACUCUUAGCAGAAGUAGGCCAGCUGAAACAAGAAAUAAAAAGGAAAAAGGAACAGAUACAAACUUCAGGUGAGAACAAAAGUGGUUCCAAUGAACCACCAGAGAAUAUUUUCCUUUGUCAGGCUUUACAGACAUUUUUCCCAUAUUCUGGACUGCAGACCUGUAUUGUUUCUUUACAAGGCAGACCAAUACUUGAACACUGCUGUAACACUGACCACAACAUUAACAUAACAGACAAACUGACACUCAUGCUAGAAGACAGUGACUUCCCUGAAGCAGGAACGAAGCAGUUGACUAAGCGUAAAGCUAGAGGGACCACAGCCGGACCAAAAUCAUUAAAGAAAUCACGGCCAUUGAAACUCCAUCAAAAACUACUUCAAGACGACCAAGAGGACAGUGACCAGGAAAGGAAGAUUACACUAAGUGGGACUGAAACAGAUGAGGAGGCACUGGAGAAACUGAAGGAGACUGAUGAAUAUCCACAUUCACCAACUUUCUAACCAUUUCACACCAAAUGUGAGAUAUUCCAAAUGAUUUGCUGCACCAAAAGCCACUGCCAAUAUAUUUACAGUGCUUUAUCAACCAGGAACAUUACGGGACAAAAACUAAAUGUAGUUACAUUUUGUAACGUUUUUAAAAUUUAAGAUUUUAUUUUGUUUAAAAUGCACGUAUUCUACUUUUGACAUGUGGAGUGGAGUCCAGAUUAUAUUCUCUUCCUCAAGGUUUACACUGGGAGGAAAAAGUAAUGAAGCAAAGACUGAAAGUAUACACAACACUGAAAUUGGGACAUAACACACAAGCAGACAUCACACUUGCCUCUUCAGGUAACUGGUGCUGAAGAAAGCCAGUGCCAGAUUGUAAAUUAUAUGAUAUCUGCCACUGUGCAAAGCCUAGAGAACCAAAGCUACUAACUGGAUUGCGUUAUUCACCUACACUGCAAUUAUCUAGUGUCAGUAUACUAGAAACAGCAGAUGAGAGGAAAUGCAACAGCUUGUUUUCCUCACGCUUCAAGUGAGACUCCUCCUGCUUUACAGGAUUAAUUUUAGUGUAGGAAGUGACACGCAAGUUUUUGAAAAGUUUAUGGCAACUUUUAAGUUCUCAUUAUUGUAGACAUGGAGAACUCAGAGUGUUCAGUUUUAG